CCGGGGAAUCCAAUUGAAAGAGAAACACUCAAAAAGUGCUUAGCAAAGGAGUUUGAAAUUAAAGAACUAGGGAGGCUGAAGUAUUUUUUAGGCAUUGAGGUGGCAUACUCAAGUAAAGGCAUCUUUGUUUCCCAACAAAAGUAUGUCUUAGACUUGCUUAAAGAAACAGGCAAUCUUGGAUGCAAGGCAGCAAGUACACCCAUUGAGCCUAACUUGAGAUUGAAUGAAGAGAAGGAUGAUAGCACAGUAGAUAAGGGAAGAUAUCAGCGGUUGGUUGGGAAACUGAUAUACUUGUCCCAUACAAGGCCGGACAUAGCAUUUGCUGUAAGUGUAGUAAGCCAAUUUAUGCAUGAUCCAAGAGAGAAACACUUGCAGGCUGUCAAUAGAAUUCUAUCCUACCUCAAAGGGACACCAGGUUCUGUUGUAGAUCGUAGAUCAACUUCAGGAUAUUGUACAUUUCUUGGUGGGAACCUAGUGACAUAG